AAAUUUGUCUGGUAGUUAUUAGGUUUUCUUUGCAAUUCAUGCCUAUUAUUUAGUUCACUGUAGUACGUUAAAAACGUAGCUUAAUUUCGUUUACUUUGCUUAGCGGUUUGUGUGAACUGUGACGCAGAAAUGGCACUGAUUCAAACCAAACGGGAAAAGAUGGAUGAAACCUCUGCAAAGAACAACGGCAGCUACAUCCCAGAAUCCUCCAAGAGCACGGGCAAACGUACCUACUGUAUUUUGUGUCGCAGGUCAUAUGCAAAACAUGCAGAACAGGAGCAUAUGCACAGUCUGUCACACCACCAACAGCUGGAGACAGUGCUGGGCAAGGAUUCACUUCAUGAAUGCCAUGCGUGUAAGUCAUUCUCCAGGGGUAUAUAUCAGUAUGCCAAGCACAUCUCCACCACUCAGCAUGAAGCAAAGUUGAAGAGCUUGAUGUCAAAAAACGUGAAGUUCCCAUCUAUGUUUAAGACUCUGGGCACAGAGACCAUCAGCCGAAUCCUGGAGAGAAACAAGAAACUAAAGAAGGAGGCGAAGAAAGUAAGGGGAAAGAAAAAAAAGAAAUUGAAGCAGAUAGCUGGUCAGAUGCGUGCAGAAAUGAUACAGGGAGCCAAUCAACAAACCGCAGUGGCAUCCAGAGGACUGACGCUGGAAAUAUCCAAACAAGUGCACAUGAGGACAUUGAAACAGAUGCAGCAAAUCCAGCAGACGGGAAGCAACACUGCUGUUGUCCAAAACAAGGAGAACAAUGUGUCCAGGCUGCAAAGGCCUCUUCACCAAAGAGAAACAGCUCUGCCGAAUCAAAGUGGAAAAUUGUCUGGUCUGUCAGGAGAGCCUGCCGGGAGAACUUGGCAUCAGGGUUGUGUUCAAGACCAUUACACCGAGUCAGGUCAGUUCAUCGGAGUCAGAGGGGAGCACCACAGGCAGUACAAUACAAGUACAAUAGACUUCACCAAUGAUAGUUACCCUCACAAUUUUGAGUAUGACUAUACUGGAUCUUCUGAACCAGGACCAGAAGGGUCACAUUGUUUCUCCAACCCCGCUUCAGAAAACAAAUCGGACAGCGCAACUACCGUACGGGACGUCGACGUCAGCACGAUGCUGAGGCAAAUUAGAAGAGCGCUGGGUGUGAGGGAGCCAUGUAGAGCAGAUCGUGAAGCCAGGAGGCAGAUCAGCCAGGUGGGUGGUGGUGACACCACACAACAGGCUAGUGCUGCAACUACAUCUCUACAGUCGUCACAGGUCAACACCCCUGCAACUGCUGCCCACUCUGGAGUUUGUCCCUCCAGUGCUGCUCCUGCUAAGCCAAAACAUACAAUUUCCAAAGUGAAAAAAGAAACGACUGAGUGUAGCAAGAAGAGCUCAGUGGUGACAGGAGAGGGAGAAUUUCCGGAGGCCUUCGACAGCUCGACUUCACUCAGCCAGUGCGCGGUCAACACCACAUCCACUAAGCCCAACCCAAACAUCACCCCCAGGGUUCGAAUUGCCCACAAACCGAACAAAACUCAAGGUGAGCCACUCAUUCAGGGUUGGUUCAAGAGCGGCGUUCUCCCCCGCAAAUCAGGGGCCAAGAGCUGGAGGGACAUGUACAACGACAUGAAAAGUAAGAAGCAGGACAACAACACAGGCAUGUCCAGGUUUGGAAUCACGUUGACAAACCCUCAGACUGACCAAGAAAGCUCAUCACAACUGCAGGACAACGAGUGGCCUCUGUCUGAGGGUUUCCACUGGGAGUCGAUCCCAGACAGUCCUUCAGGGCCACACAUGACUGUACCUCCUCCGCCCCAGGACACGACCGAUACUGACUCCCACAGGGAGACACAGUCAGAUCCUCAGGUGCAGGAGCCUGACACCGCACAGCAGGUUGGUGGGAGCAGCAGUUCCACGGUAACAGCAACCUCUGUCAAGACAGAACCAAACCUGGAGGAUGAGAACGGAGGUUUGAGAGACAACAGCAGUGCCAAAAAGAGGAAACACAACCCGGUAACAGAUGAUGGCAUUUCUGACAAGGGACCAAGUAGAAAGAAGAAAACAAAGUCAAACAAGGACCAGAAUCAGAUGGACCAGCUGUUGGCGGUGUCUCUGAGAGAGGACGAGCUCAGCCACUCGCUGCAGGACUUGGACAAGUCUCUGAUCCAGGCCCGCAAUGCCCUGCAAGCUGCCUACACAGAAGUCCAAAGACUCAUGCUGUUGAGACAGCAGUUUACUGCUGAGGUCAACAGUCUGAGAGCCAAGCGCAUUGAGAUCCUGCAGGGGAUGCAAGAAGGGUACUUGGGAGCAUCUAACACAGCAGAGAAAGCUCCCACCCAGCAACCAAGACACUCUCCCCUUCCUUCCACCAGUGCCUUCACGACUUCCUCCAGCCAGCAAACGCCUGCCACAUCCUCCUCACCGUCAUCCAUCACUCAGCCUCUUCCAACCCCCCUCGCUCUGCCAGCUGUGUCAGUAAAGAACGAAAUCUGUCAUCCACCCACAGCUGGACAGACUGAUACACCUCACGUGCCUCUGAACCAACCUGUGCCCUUGUUUCCCUCUACUCUGCUCCCCCCACUGCUGCUCGGACCAACACACUUAGCUGCUCCCGCAGCCACUGCUGUCGCCGCCUCGACGUCAGUGAAUGCACUUCUCCCUCCUGAGUUAUGUGCCACGCAGCAGGUGCAAGAGAAGAAGGAGACGUUAAAGGGUUGCGUAAAGGAAGAGGCACGGCCAGUUGAAAGCGACUCAGCAGAAGAGACGGGAAGAAAUCUUGGCAAAAAGCAAGCUAAAGGACGAGAGUCAGCAGCAGAGAAGUCUGUCCCGGAAAGAGAUCAAAAGGUGUCUGCUGCAGCACCAGACGACGAGGACGAGAGCGACGACUCUUUGGAAAUGAUGGAGCCCUCUAACCAGGAGAUUAUCGACAUUGACGAAUCGGACAAUGAGGACUCACCAGAGCCUCCUCAGAAGUCCGUCAGAGUGGAGUUCAGUUCUGCAAGCACGCAGACGUUUCAGAAAAAGGAAGAUGACAGACAAAUUCCAAUUUCUUUGCCAGUUAAAAACGCUGAAACCCCUGCAGAGUCUGUUGAGGAUGAAGAGCCGUCCUUAGGAGCGUUUAUGAAUCAUUCGGGCCCUGUCCACAGCCUGCAGGUCCACGAUGGCCUCUUGUACACGUGUUCAGGGGACAACACUGCACGAGCCUACAGUCUGAAGAAUAAGGAGUGUGUAGCAGUGUUUGAGGGUCACACAAACAAAGUCAACUGUCUGCUGGUGUCGACCCUCCCCAACAUGCCGGCUCGCCUCUACACCGGAUCCAGCGACCAGACCAUCCGCUGUUUUAGCAUAAAGUCAAAGAAGUGUCUGGAGCAGAUCUCUUUACCAGACCGAGUUUUGUGUUUGCACAUUGCCUGGAAUACUUUGUAUGUUGGGCUCGCCAAUGGAUCAGUUGCUAGCUAUGAUUUAAAGACUCUGAAGCAGCUGGACAUGUUAGACUGCCACGGCCCACGGGGGGUGAGCUGUCUGGGCACAGCGCAGGAGGGCGCCCGCCGGGUGCUGCUGGUGGGCUCCUACGACAGCACCAUCAGCGUACGGGACGCCAAGAGCGGCCUGCUGCUGCGCUCACUGGAGGGUCACACCAAAACUGUGCUCUGUAUGAAGGUGGUGAACGACCUGGUCUUCAGCGGCUCCAGUGACACAUCUGUUCAUGCCCACAACAUCCAUACUGGUGAGCUGGUUCGUAUCUACAAGGGUCACGGUCACGCUGUCACGGCGAUCGUCAUCCUGGGGAAAGUGAUGGUGACGGCCUGUCUGGAUAAGCUGGUCCGAGUUUAUGAGCUUCAGUCCCAUGACCGCCUGCAGGUGUAUGGGGGUCACAGUGAUAUGGUGAUGUGCAUGGCCGUCCACAAGAGUGUGAUCUACACAGGCUGUUACGACGGCAGUGUUCAAGCAGUGAAGCUCAACUUGAUGAAAAACUGCCGCUGCUGGUGGCAGAAUUGCUCGCUAAUUUUCGGCAUGGCGGAGCAUCUCGUCCAGCACCUCACCAGAGAUCACAGCAACCCGAACCUGCAGGCGGUCAGAUGUCGCUGGAGAGGCUGCAACACUUUUUUUGCCACACAAGAGUCAGUUCGGCAGAACCUGCCUGAACACAUGCAGAGCCAUGUGGAGAACAACAGUAAGCUGCAGCCUUGACUGGAGCAGAGGUACAGUGACACAGCAUCACAACAUACAAGCUUAUGGGAGUCGUUUCAGGAUUUUCUCUGUAAUUCACACACAGUUUCUGUUCUUUUUAGCAAUUGAGCCUCUGAUCCAUCUCUUUCAGUCAUGUGCGUACUGCGUGACCUCUGUUUUCUCGGUGACUGUGACAGUGAGACGAUAAAGGCCACUUGUUGUUGGUCCCUUGAAGCUGAUGUAUGACAGGAGUAAGAUGUCCAGUCUAACUAACACACAAGAUGUUAACAGUCAGUCGUGUUGAGGAGAGAGGCGAGAGGAUUCUUUUCAUUAUGUGCACCCAUUAGUUUUGCUUUAAGUUAUCCAUAAUUAUGCAUUAUAUGACAAUAUAAUCCUGCACUGUAAUUUGGGAUCAUUUGCUCAACAUGUUUUUUGUAGUUGUAGUUGUAGUUGUCACUGUGAGUACAUGACCUUGGACUCUCAACACCAUCACACAUUCAGUAUUGCACAACAUGCCUCUUCAAAAAUGUUAUAUCUAAAGCUAACAUUUCUACAACUAUGCAGCACUGAUGUAAACACCUCAGAGUAGUUUUUGUGAAGCAGCUUAUGCUGUAAAUUGCUGUUAAAAUCCAUCUUGUUGAUUUGUAUCAAUGAUUGGCACUAAAUUAGGGCCAAGUGCAGGAUUUAGUUUUGUCUUUUGGGUAAAGGUAUAACAAAGAAUACCACUGUAGUGUCUGAACAUGAAAAAAAUAUUAUUACAAAAUUUCUCAUAUUCCCACACCUAAAGCCAUUAUAGACCAGUCUUGCUGGUUUUUAGGAAAGGUUGGGGGUUUCUCUUCAUAAAACUAGUAGUCUUUUAGGAUCUCCAGCAGGAUUUUAAAGUCCCUCACUGUAUUAAGCUUUAUUACAGAGAUUACCCUCUCUUCAGUGUUGAAGGGACGAUUUGGAUGGAAAUUAUAAAGGGGGAAAACUGGCUUAAUAACUCCAGAGUUUAAGACCCACCGGAUAAUAUUCAACAUCCUGUACCUUCUGUUGGAAUAAUUAAAUUCACACCUUCACCCACCUGCUUUCAAGUCAGGUUUCAGAUGUCAGAUUAUUCCAGAUAUCCAGUUUUUCAUCACACACUAACAUGGCUUGUUAUCUUGCCCUAACCUCACAGCUCAGAGAUACUGUAUCCUUCAUUUCUUCCUGACUCAGACUGCUGUCUCUUGUGACACUUGCACAUGUGAGGACUUUGAAAUCAGUUCCUCACGUGGUGACAAAGAGGUUUGGCUGUUAAAAACACUUUACAUCAUUAAAUAUGUAAACCAUCUGUUAACUUAUAACAUUUACAUUUUUACAAUUUUGAGAGAAAUAAGAAAUGUUCUUGUCCCCUUUGUCACUUUGUACAAAAUGUAAAUUAAAACUCAGCUCUUUCUGGGUGAUGGAGGAAAGCAGAGAAAAUUGUCCAGAGAGUACAGUGUAUGAUGCUGUAGCAAAGUUAUGCCUUAUUUUUUGUAUGUAAUACUGUACAGUAUGCGUUUUGAUUGUAAUUAAUACCUACUGUAUGUGUAAAGCAAUAAAAAGACAAAUAUAA